AUGGUUCUUCAAAACGACAUCGAUCUGCUUAACCCACCAGCAGAGCUUGAGAAGAGGAAGCACAAGCUCAAGCGUCUUGUUCAAACUCCAAACUCAUUCUUCAUGGAUGUGAAAUGCCAAGGCUGCUUUAACAUCACUACCGUUUUCAGCCACUCGCAGACUGUUGUGGUGUGUGGAAACUGCCAGACAGUGUUGUGCCAGCCUACGGGAGGAAAGGCAAGACUCACGGAAGGAUGCUCUUUCAGGAAAAAGUGAUAGAUUGAUUUUUUUGAGGCUUGAAGCAAUCAUCAAAAUCAGUCGAAGCCAGUUUCUUUUUUUUUUUUUGUUCUAUGAUGUUAUGAGUCUUGUUUUAUCUGUUUUUAAAAGCAACUCAGUUAGAGUUUAGAAGAAACCUUUGUGUUUGUUUGGAUUUUAAGUUUAUCACUAUUUUAAAGGUUCUUUGCUUGGAAAUUGCACUUUGAUCACAAGCAAACUA